AUCUGAAGCCAAACAAUGUUUGACUGGGGUCUCAGACUGAACAGAUGUGUGUGCUGUGAUGUAAACUAUCCCUGUUGUGUUUUGUGUGUUCAGGAGAUCACACUGACGGAGGGCAGUAAAGUUUUCGCCUCGUGGAAGAAUCCACCGCCUCCGGUCUAUAUUCAGUUCUUCUUCUUCAACGUCACCAACCCUGAAGAGUUCCUGAAAGGAGAAGCCAAACCUCGUCUUACUGAAAUGGGGCCGUACACUUUCAGACAGUACAGGCCCAAACGCAACGUGACGUUUGUGGACAACGAGACGAAGGUCUCAGCUUAUACAGUCAAGAGUUUUGUCUUCUUGCCUGAGAAAUCAGUUGGAGACCCGAAGGUGGAUGUGGUGACGACGGUGAACAUCCCAGCCGUGGCCGUGAUUAAUCGGAUCAAAGGCCUGGGUUUCUGGGUUUCCUCCGGUAUCUCUAUGUACAUGGGCUCCAUCGGCACGACUCUGUUCAUGACACACACCGUGGAGGAGAUGCUCUGGGGCUUCAAGGACCCGCUCCUCACCAGACUCAAAACCAUAAAGCCCGACACAGAUGAGUACUUCGGUCUCAUGAUAAACAAAAACGGCAGUAAUGACGGUGAGUUCGUGUAUCACACCGGAGCGCAGAACUACAUGGACUUCGGACGCAUUUUCACCUGGAAUGGAGAAAAGAAGCUGUCGUUCUGGAGAACCAACCAGAGUAACAUGAUCAACGGCAGCGACGGCAGCGGCUUCCACGCGCUCCUGAGCAAAGAAGAGCGGCUCAACGUCUUCUCCCCUGACCUCUGCAGGUCCAUCCACAUGCGCUUUGAGAAGGAGGUGGAGGUGAAGGGCAUCCCAGCGUACCGCUUCACACCGCCCCGAGCCGUGUUUGCCAGCGCCAAGAACAACCCGGAGAACGAGGGAUUCUGCCUGACGCCGAACAAAUGCCUAGACGACGGCGUGAUGGAUGUGUCUGUGUGUCGGAAAGGUGCUCCUGUCGUCGUGUCGUUCCCUCACUUUCAUCUGGGCGCUGAGAAGUACGCCAAAGCCAUCGAUGGCAUUUCUCCGGUGCACGAGCGUCACCAGACGUUUCUGGAUCUGAACCCUACUAUGGGAGUGCCUGUGCGUGCCAUGAAACGAGCGCAGAUCAACAUUCAUCUCGAGAGAGUGACCGGCUUUCCUUUGACCAGGAAUCUCAACAGCACCAUCUUCCCCAUUCUGUUUCUGAAUGAGUCGGUGGUGAUUGACGACGUCUCGGCGGCGAGGAUUCAGAAGCUGCUGCUCAUCGUGACUCUGGUCUCUUAUUUCCCGCUCCUCAUCGUGGCUCUGGGAGUCAUUCUGCUGCUCGUCUGUAUCAUCCUUGUCAUCCGCUUCAAUCAGAACAAGCCGUCUGCGAAGAAAGACACAUCAUAUGCUCCUGUAAGCGACAAAGCGGACGAUCAAGACGAGAAAAAUGGCACUUAUAUCGGCCUGACACCUGUGGACAAGUCUUAAGCAGCUGUGUGUGUGUGUGUGUGUCACAGAUGCUGUCACUCUCAGUAGAGCGGUGUGUGUGUGUGUGUGUGUAUGUGUGUGUGUGUGUGUGUCAGUCGUCUUGAUUCACACACAGAUUUCUCAGGACUGACGCUGUGAGCAAACGAGCACCUGGAUGAAGGACUGAAGAACACACACACUUCAGGCUCAUUCAGCAUCUGUUUCCUUUCAUAUUUGAACACUUUGAGCCAAUUUAAAGCUGCUGUCAGUGAUUGUUUAGGAGUAUCACACAUCAAAUGUUGUGAAAUCACGUCACACUCGAUUCUGACUCAAGUGACACCCGCAUCUCUUGCUGUCCGUUACCUAGUGAAGUUAAGAUUUAUGUAUUUGAAUUGCAUGUAAAAUAUGGCUUAUAUUGUUUUAACACAAACUAAUAUAAACUUAAUGUAAUGCAUAUUAGUCAGUCAUACACAAUGAGGUCAGAUUUCUGAAUGAAAUGAAAAAUAAUUAACUUUUUGAAUUUAUUAGAUUUUAUUUAAAUAAUCUUUUUUUUUCUAAAUGCAUUUAUACAAAAGUUAAAACAUCAGAUAUGAUUGUGGAACAAGCAAUAUUCAGUUAGUUUGAAUGCAUGAGAUUUAAACAAGUUGAUUUAUUGAUGUUAAAUAUAUAAAGCUGGUUAUUUGUAUUGUGUAUUUAGAACACAUUCUGUUUAUUUGUGCUAUUACAGAAAUCUGACUGGCUUCUUAUUAUACAUGACGGACAUAUAUGCAUCAUAUUAAGUUCUUCGGUUUGGUAAAACUGAGUGAUUCAAAUGUUAAAUGCAAUUCAUAUACAAA